AUGUACAUUCUCCAACUCGGCAUUGUCAAAUACCCGACAGGUCGUGCGCCCUACGACCAUCCCGGUCCGAAUGAAAGGGUACAUCCCUAUGACUUCUUUACCGGUACCAUGAAACCUCAAGCUCUUCUGGCAUGCGGAGCCGUAGCACUUGCUCAGCAAGUCUACAUCCCGGCUGAAGGCCCAGUAUCACGACCGCAAUGCGUGGAAAAUUGCACAUACGCCACUGCAGUUCCUCAAUACACCUUCCGAGAGUUCAGCUUCACGCAAACCGAGACGGUUCGUACUGCAAAGUCGAUCCCGGCUCCCACUGCUACGACGACCUACGCUCCACCCUAUGCGUCGCUUAGCAGCUUCGUACCCAAUUUGACGACAACGCAAUGGGGCAACUGGUACCCCAACGCCAGCGUAACAGCUACCGAUACCGCCAACCCGUACGGAAACGCGUCGUGGUCUGCACUUUGGAGUACGAUUCCCUGGGUUAACUUCACAAGGGGCAUAUACUCUACAACAGUGUCACCGACUCCAGUACCGACGAGCGAGCUAAUCCUACCUCCUCCUGAACCUGUCAUUCCCCAGUCAUGCUACUACUUCCCCAAGGACUUCAUGCUCGGUGUAGCAGCCUCAGCCGUUCAAAUUGAGGGAGCUAUCGCCGACGAAGGCCGGACACCGGUCCACAACGAUGUUGGCACCUUAAUCAACCCGGGCCAAGCACCAAACUGGAUCGCAAACGAGAACUACUAUCUGUACAAGCAAGACAUUGAGCGGAUUGCAGCCAUGGGAGUGAAGUACUACCGAUUCUCCGUUCCCUGGACACGAAUCCUUCCCUUUAUCCUUCCGGGCACACCAGUUAACGAGCAAGGCCUAGCACACUACGACGAGCUGAUCAACUUUGUUUUGGAGAAGGGGAUGCUACCUGCUCUCAUGAUUUACCAUAACGAUUCUCCCUUCCAGUUCUACAACGGCAAUAUCAGCAGUAUUUUUAACGUGCCCGGAACUGGAGCUAUCGGUUACUUGGACUCUUGCUUUCAAUGUAGCUACAAGAAUGUUUCGUUUGAAGAUGCUUUUGUGAACUAUGGAAAGAUCCUAAUGACGCACUUUGCCGACCGUGUUCCUAUCUGGUGGUCGUUCAAUGAGCCGCUGCUCGGUGCGCGGAAUGGAAAGUCCAUUGAUGCUGUUAUCAAAGCGCAUGCAAGGCUUUCUCACUUCUACCACGACGAAAUCAAGGGUACUGGAAAGAUUUCGUUGACCUUCAACGAUAAUUUCGGUGUACCCAAGAAUCCACAAGAUCCCGCCGAUGUUGACGCAGCCAACCACUUCAACUCCUUCCAACUGGCUACCUUUUCCAACCCCAUCUUCCUUGGAAUCGAUUACCCAGAGUCCUUCAAGAGCAGCACCGCUGACUACGUACCGUUGAGUGCCGAAGACUUAGCAUACAUCAACGGCACUGCCGACUUCUACUCUAUUCAGCCCUACACCGCUACUGUUGUUAGCCCCCCUCCCAACGAUACCAUUGCGAACUGCGCCGCCAACAUCACCCACCCGCUUCGCCCUUACUGUGUCACCCAGGAAACCACCACUACAACCGGGUGGAACAUUGGAUACCGCAGCCAAAGCUACGUCUACAUCACACCUACCUACUUCCGCACCUACCUUAACUACCUAUGGAACACAUUUAAGUCCCCCGUCGCUGUAACCGAGUUUGGUUUCCCCGUCUUCGCUGAAUCGCAGAAAGCGCAAAAGGACCAGGAGUUUGACAGCCCAAGAAGCCAGUACUACCAGACCUAUCUUAACGAAGGUCUCAAGGCCAUCUGGGAAGAUGGCGUACAGUUUGUUGGCGCUUUUGCUUGGUCCUGGGCGGAUAACUGGGAGUUUGGUGAUUAUGCCCAGCAAUUUGGUAUCCAGACUGUCAAUCGUACGACAAUGGUGCGGAGGUACAAAAAGAGUUUCUUCGACUACGUCGACUUCAUAGAAAGCAGACGCCAAAAGGCGUAG